GCUGGCUUCGUCCGUGUGGACCGGGACUACGUCACACAGGCAGCAGAGCUGGCACGAGCAGGGGGCUGCACACACUUUGUCCUGCAGUCUUCGCAGGGGGCAAACCCGCACAGCCGCUUCCUCUACCUCCGUGUGAAGCCGAGGAAACUCACAGCCUGCCAAGAUGUGCAAAGGAUUAGCAGCGCUGCCCCACACUUGUCUGGAGAGGGCCAAGGAGAUCAAGACCAAGCUGGGCACACUGCUCCAGAAGCCUGACUCGGCCAUUGAUUUCAUCAUCCCCUACCCAGAGAAGCCGGAGAAGCCACCCAAGGUCCAGAAGCCGUCACCAGAAGAGGCUCUGCAGUGGCGUGAUUCCCUGGAGAAACUCCUGCAAAACCCCUAUGGGCUCACCAGCUUCCGCAGCUUCCUGCGCUCUGAGUUCAGUGAGGAGAACGUCGAGUUUUGGGUGGCUUGUGAGGACUACAAGAAAAGCAAGUCCCCUGUGAAGAUGGCAGAGAAGGCCAAGAGGAUCUAUGAGGAGUUCAUCCAGACUGAGGCACCCAAAGAGGUGAACAUUGACCACUUCACCAAGGCCGUGACCAUGAAGAACCUGGUGGACCCAUCACCAAGCAGCUUUGACAUGGCCCAGAAGAGGAUCUUUGCCCUGAUGGAGAAAGACUCCCUGCCCAGAUUUGUGCGGUCAGAGUUUUAUCAGGAGUUAAUCAAGUAGCAAUGCAGCAGGGCUGUGCGAGGCAUUCCCCGCGGGUGGUCCCACUGCUUCUAUCUCAACACCUGCCCCUUCUUCUACAGCUGCUUUGCUUUCUUGAUACCACCCUAAAACAGCACCUGGGGCUGUUGCUAAACAUCUCCCCAUGUGUGUUGGACUGCCAGAUGUCCUCAUGUCUCCUCUUUUACAGUCUCUUUCCUCUCCCACAAAAGACCAAUUAGCAGAAAUCCCUGGUGAUCCUCCCUGGGUUUGGGACCCUGAAGCGCAGUGGAGCAGCCCCAGCCUCGCAGCAACUGGGAGCCACUCGGGCAGCCAGCACACCCCUGGUAUUGUGGGGCUCAGCUUUAGUCAGAAGUGCCAGCUCUGCCUUGUUAGGACUCAUUAGGACAUGACAAUUUUUCUCCCACUUUUGCCUGUAUCACUGGUUUCCCCAAGGCUCUCUCCCUUCUCCCAGCUUCCCAGGGCAUUGCUGAGGGUACCCAGCAUGUGCUUCCCUCCCCAACAAGCCCAGUGUGCCUGCAGCCCUGGGGUGCAGGGGGGACUUGGCACCACAGUUGGCAUCACCUUGUUUUCAGAAAGCAGCGGUUCAGCAGGUACAGUGAUGGCUGUACAGCAGUGAUGGCUGUAUGGCAGGGACAGGGGUUUUGGCAGGGACUGGGCUACAGCAGGGAUGGUGGUAUGGCAGAUUCAGGAAUGGCACUGCAGGUGCACCUGGCUGGCAGGAGGGGGGGGAAGACCAAGCCUGUGGCAUCGCUUUCCCUGUGACUCACCUGGAGUCAGCUGUCAGCCUGUUCACUUCACACUAAAAACUGUAAAGAGGAUAAAACAGGAUCUGUUUGUUCAAAACACCAGGACUGUUUAGCAACCCAGACAUCCCGCUUGCUCCAACACUUCCAUGACGUACUGAGCUCACAGUCCGUGCCCGCGUCCCCAGUGCCUACGCGCAGCCCUAAGCAGUGCCGGUGGCUGGUAGUGUGCUUGGAUUGCAGCUUCAGGGAUGUUGCUGCAGCCAUUUCUUACUCUAGCUGCUUCUCUCUGCAAUAGGCAUGCCAAAGCGAUACUUCUGCACAAACCCAGUCGAGGGCAUUGAUUAGAGGAGGAAGGAAAAUCACAGUGGGGGGAAACAAGCUGCAAUUGCAACUGUUCAGAUCCAAUUAAAGAAACAAAACAAAAAACCACACACACAUACACACACAUAACCUCAAAACAAACAAACAAAAAAACACCAACCAAACAAAAAAAGCCCCAAACCAACAAACCAACAACAACAAAAAAACCCAAACUAAUUGAAAAUAGGAAAAAUAACCCACCUGGCUUCUUGAACAGAUGGCAAACUCUGCUGAGUUUGUGUGGCCUGCAUCUCUCUCUCCUGUCCCCUUCCCUCUGCCCAGGACAUGUGUUUCCAUAAGGCUGUCUCUUAAAAUCAUCAGCUCUUUUUGAAUGAUUCAAAGCCAGCUCACUGCUACCAGAAGAAAUAACAUCUGAGGUUGGGGCAAGGACAUACAUGAAAGGCAGCUGGGGUCUCAUUUCAGCCUCAAGGCAAAUGCAAUGAACCCCUGCCCCACGGGCCCUGGAUGUUUCAUCCCUGCAAUGGAUUGCUGCCACAGCAUCCGCAGGGCCAUGGCUUGCAAUAAGCCACUUCAGCUGGCCACAUGACAGAUGAGGGCAAAAUAAGAAGCAACCGUGCACCCAGCAGGCAUCCUGGACCAGUCACCCCGCCAGGCUGCUCAACCUCAACUGCAAGUCAUGAGACUUCAUGUGAAAUGCAAUAACAUAAACAAUGGGUUUGCCAGCCUCUUAAAGACUUUCAAAAUCUGAUCAAAUCCCCACCAGCCCCAAAUAUUUAUACAUUGUCACUAUGGCAAUGAAGAAAAAUACAUCCCAAGCUGCAGGAAGUGGGCUGUGUUUUCUAGUCAGGGAUGAGGAUGCAGGGGAAGGAUGGAGGCCACCACAAACGUGACUUUUUUUCUAACUCUGGAGCAAGUGGCCUGGGAAACUUUGUGCUGUAGCGGCACGGGGUGAUGCUUGUAGGGUAUUCCCCUGGGGCAAGCACGGGGCGGGGGGGGUGGCUUGGGCGGCCCCAAAGAGCUGCAAGGAAGCCCAUGAGCAGCAGGACAGUCUCAACAGGGUGCAGGAUCCCCCAGCAGCACAAGGGGGAGCAGGAGCAAGGCUGGGCUGGAAAGGGUUGCUUGGCCAGCCCUUCUGCAGAGGAUGCUCCCACGACCUCUGCCCACGCACCCUCCUAUCAUCUCCAUGGACCGGUGUCAACACGAGCAGGUUCAGCAUGUUCAAGCUCCCUGUUUACAGUGUGACUCAUAGAAAUGCAAAGCCAAACAGGCUUCCGUGCAGAAAGACCUAGAUCUUUCAUUUUUACUUAAUCCUUUGGCAGCUAUUUCCAGAUACCCUCACAUGUUUCACAAUUAAAUGCCAACACUGACGCUGUAGAGGUCGGGAUGCUGCUGGAGGUGGACUUGCCACAUGCCAUGCAAACCUGAGAUAUCACUGGCUUCAACAGCCAGCUUGUGGGGCAGGGAGAAGGUGUCUACAUAUGUAUGUGCUGAAAAGAAAGGUGGAGGCUGGAUUCAGGAGAGACAAAACAGCUCUAUUGGAAAUCCCUCCCCAGCUCAAUUUUUGCUAAAAUCCUGGAAGCCUACUUAGGGGGUGAUUGAACAGGUGCCAGUGAGCUAUCAGGUGGCCAUCAAAUGUGGUCCCUGAAGUGUUUUCGAGUUGUGUUUGUGCAGAAGGGUCAUUUGGCUAAUUACUUGGGCAGGCUUGACCCAGAAAGGCAGCAAUGCCUGUACGCACCCCAUGGCUGAGCUUUCCACAAGCCCUGGGGUAUUUACAGUUGGGCUGAUACCCACCAUCAUAUUUCUGGUAGGAAAUACUUCAUGUAUUGUACCACUCUUGCUCUCAUGAAAUUUGGUGUAUGUAUGAGCACUAUACACAGAACACAUAGUACAUCUGUAACCCUAUAGUCAUAUACAAGUAUACACGCCCAUAUAUACAUACUCCUAACGUGGGCAUCUGGAUCCUCAGUAAGAGUCAAAAAGCAAGAGUUUCUGGAUGUUGUGCCUGGGGUCCAUCACAGAGAUGAGUGUGUGGGGGUUUUAGUGCAGUCCCAAAUGCUGUUAAUGGAAACCUCGGCCAUCCACUUGAGUGAAGGUGCAUCUUCCCAAACACCCUCCAAAAUCACCCUGUGCCCACGGUUGCUGGGUUCCAGCAGCCCCGGUGCAGGAGGUAGGUCUCAUGGUCUCCAAGGGGCCCCAACCCCUGCCGUGGGGCAAGGCAACCCCAUGCUGCAGUCGGGGUCCUGGGGCACCAGACGCUGCCUCCGUGCCUCCCCGGUGCCUGCUCCCCACCGUGGGACAUGCGGAGGAGGGCUCCCUGCACCUGCGUCCCUCAGAUUAACACCAGGGGAUCGUUUGCUGGGUGUUUUCUGGUUACUCCAAGUGACCCAGACCCUCACACCUCACUGGCCAUGGUGCAAAUCACCCAGCUCUCCUUCUACAUGCCCAAACAGGGCUCUGUGGUGCUGCCCAGUUCCAGCAUUGGGGACUGCCAAAACCUGUGAGGCAGCGGCAGGGGCUGCCCACUGCCCACAGGGGCUGAGGGUGUCCCAGGGCUUGCCCAGGGUCCCUGCAGUCCUUGGUCAUUACCUGGAGGGUGCUGAGUGCUGUGGCCAAGAGCUGGAGCAGGUCAGGAGUGGGGAUCAGCUUCUUGCACCUGCAAGAAAUGGGUUUUCAGGCUGAUGUUCCCUGUGUGAUUUCCACAAGAGAUCUUCAUGCAGGGAAGACACAGGGCACUGGUGUGCAACUGAGGAACUGGUUGUGUUAACUCAUAUUCUUGUACCACUCAAUAAUCCACACAUAAAUGUGUAUUUCUGCUACUA